AUGUCUGGCUCCUACGAUGAAACUGCAGGUGCUGACGACACCAUGGACAGCUUCUGGGAGGUGGGGAACUACAAGCGUGCUGUCAAGAGAUUCGAUGAUGGCCAUCGGCUCUGCAAUGACCUUAUGGGCUGCCUGCAGGAACGUGCCAAGAUAGAAAAAGCCUACGGUGAUCAGCUGACUGCCUGGUCCAAGAGGUGGAGACAGCUCAUUGAGAAAGGCCCACAGUACGGCUCUGUGGAGAGAGCCUGGCUGGCUGUGAUGACUGAAGCAGAUAAGGUGAGUGAGCUGCACCAAGAUGUGAAGAACAACCUGACGAACGAUGACGUCGAGAAAGUGAAGAACUGGCAAAAGGAAGCAUAUCACAAGCAGAUGAUUGGCGGUUUCAAGGAAGCCAAGGAGGCGGAGGAAGGCUUCAAGAAGGCUCAGAAACCGUGGGCCAAAAAGCUCAAGGAGAUGGAGACCGCCAAGAAAGGAUACCACAUGGCCUGCAAGGAGGAGAAGCUGGCUGCAGCCCGAGAGGCCAACGGCAAGACUGAGGCUUCUGUCACACCAGACCAGCAGAAGAAACUCCACGAGAAAGUGGACAAAUGCAAACAGGAUGCACAGAAGGCUAAAGAGAAGUAUGAGAAGUCUCUGGAGGAGCUGAACAAGUGCACCCCUCAGUACAUGGAGUGCAUGGAGCAGGUGUUUGACCAGUGCCAGCAGCAUGAAGUCAAGAGGCUGACCUUCCUCAAGGAAGCCUUGCUGGACAUCAAACGCCAUCUUAACCUCACUGAGAACCAAAGCUAUUCCACAAUAUACAGAGAACUGGAGCGCACAGUCCUGGGUGCAAACACACAGGAGGACCUGAAGUGGUUCAGCAACAACCACGGCCCUGGGAUGCAUAUGAACUGGCCUGCGUUUGAGGAAUACAACCCAGAUCAGGCCAGUGCUCCUCCAAAGAAGAAGAAACCAGACGGAGCCCCACCCACCCCGAGCACCGACCAUGUGGCUCCACCUGGUGACCGUAGCAGCGUGAGCAGCUACGAUAAGAACCAAGCUUACUCAACUGAGUGGUCUGAUGAUGAGCAGCCCGCUACAAACUCUGGAAACGAAAACGGUGGAAAUGGGAACUCAUUUGAAGAUGAUGCUAGCACUGGGAAAGGGGUCCGCGUGCGAGCUCUCUAUGACUAUGAAGGCCAGGAACAGGAUGAACUCACCUUCAAAGCAGGUGAUGAACUGACCAAGACUGAGGAUGAAGAUGAGCAAGGCUGGUGUAGAGGUCGUAUGGACAGCGGCCGAGAGGGACUGUACCCGGCCAAUUAUGUUGAGCCAAUCUAGUCACGUUACUGGACAAGGACACGCCAUUGGAGGCAGCUUGAACUGUCCCGUCCAAUUGCACCGCACAUAGCCAGAGACUUAAGAGCAACACAUCCCUUGCCCAACAGAUGCGCCAAGCAGUCUUGCCUAAAUAAAAACUUAGUAACCUAAAAGACAAUAUAUCAGUAUAAUAUAUUUUAUCCAGCAUUUGGGGUGGGUGGACUUACACAUUUAAAAACAGGAG